AUGUCCCAGGUGAUGUCCAGCCCCCUGCUGGCAGGAGGCCCUGCAGUCGGCUUGGCUCCCUGUGAGGAACCCAGGAGGCCCCUGCACCCAGCACCCAGCCCCGGCCUGCCGCCCCAGUGUCUUUACUACACCACAGAAGGCUGGGGAGCUCAGGCCCUGAUGGCCCCCAUGCCCAGCAAGGAGCCCCACAGCAGGCUCCAGCAGGCCCCACAGGCUGGAGCCAAAGCCAGCUGCCUCCUGCAGUCCCCUGGGGAGCAGGCCUCGGGAGCCCUGGAGGACCUUGACUCCUACAUUGACUUCUCGCUGGAGAGCCUCAACCAGAUGAUUCUGGAACUGGACCCCACCUUCCAGCUGCUCCCUCCAGGGCCUGGUGGCCCCUGGGCUGAGCCCACCCAGAGCACUACCUCGAGGAGAAAGAAAGAAGAGCCUGAAGCUUUGGAUAUAAAGUACAUCGAGGUGACCUCGACCAGAUCAAGGUGCCACGACGGCCCCCAGAGCUGCUCCAGCCCGUCUGUCACCCCACCCUUCGGCUCCCCUGGCCGUGGCGCCCUUCUCCUUUCCAGAGACAUCCCCCGAGAGACUCGGAGCAGCAGUGAGAGCCUCAUCUUCUCCGGGAGCCAGGGCAGGGGGCACCAGAGCCCCUCUCCCCCCUCGGGGGCCCCCUCCUCUCAUCCCCCACCCUCUCCCAGCAACUCCAUCCCUGGAAUGGGAAACAAGGCCUCAGGCCGCCAUGGCUUGGGCUCCCCACUGGUGGCUUCCCCAGCCUUGGAGAAGGGGCUGGGGGGCAGGGUCUCCAUGCUGUCAGCCAGCCCAGCAUCUGAUGUCAGUUACGUGUUUGGAAGCCAGUCCUUCCUCCGCUCCAGCAUCUCCAGCCAUCAGUCAUCUUCGAGAUCCUUGGAAAGCCCAGCCAACUCUUCCUCCAGCCUCCACAGCCUUGGCCCAGUGUCCUUGUAUACGAGAGCCAGUGACCUCCAGGUCCCCAGCAACCCCACCCCAAGCAUGGGCCAGCCCAGAGCAACCCAUUCCUCACCACUGGCCAAGGCACAUGCCAGCAGCUGUCCCCCAUCCAUCACCAACUCCAUGGUGGACAUACCUAUCGUGCUGAUCAACGGCUGCCCAGAACCAGGAUCUCCCCCAUCCCAGAGGACCCCAGGACACCAGGACUUUGUCUGCCCUGGGGCUACUUCUUCCAGCAACCCCUGUCCAGCCACCAGGAGCCACAGCCAGACCCUGCCAGAUGCCUCUCUCACCACAUCCCCAGAGGGUCCUGCCAGGGACAUGCAGCCCACCAUGAAGUUUGUGAUGGACACAUCUAAAUACUGGUUUAAACCAAGCAUCACCCGAGAGCAAGCCAUCGAGCUGCUAAGGAAGGAAGAGCCGGGGGCUUUCAUCGUGAGGGACAGUUCUUCAUACCGAGGCUCCUUCGGUCUUGCCCUGAAGGUGCAGGAGGCCCCUGCACCUGCCCAGAACCAAUCAGGCGAGGAUGGCAGCGACCUCAUCCGCCACUUCCUCAUCGAGUCUUCUGCCAAAGGGGUGCAUCUCAAAGGAGCCGAUGAGGAGCCCUACUUCGGGAGCCUCUCUGCCUUCGUGUGCCAGCAUUCCAUCAUGGCCCUGGCCCUGCCCUGCAAGCUCAUCAUCCCAAAGAAAGAACUGGGAGGUGGAGACGGGGCCUCAGACCCCUCUGCAGACGGCGGGGCCUCCUGCCUGAAGAAAUCUGCGGGUUGCCAUGCCCUGUACCUGAGCUCCGUGAGCGUGGAGACCCUGAGCGGAGCCCUGGCUGUGCAAAAGGCCAUCUCAACCAUAUUGGAGAGGGAUGUCCUCCCCACACCCACCGUGGUCCACUUCAAAGUCACCGAGCAGGGCAUCACCCUGACUGACAUCCAGAGGAAGGUGUUUUUCCGGCGCCAUUACCCCUUCGCCACCCUCCGCUUCUGUGGCAUGGACCCCAAGCAACGGAAGUGGCAGAAAUACUGCAAGCCCUCCCGGAUCUUUGGGUUUGUGGCCAAGAGCCAGACCGAGUCCCAGGAGAAUGUGUGCCACCUCUUCGCGGAGUAUGACACUGUCCAGCCAGCCUCGCAGGUCAUCAGCCUAGUGGGUGCUCUGCUGCAGGACCCAGAAAGGAUGUAGGGGAGGGAGCGUCCUGUGUG